GGGGAAAAUAUUUAAUAGGAAUCUGAGGGGCAAUGUUUUCACACAAAGGGCAGUGGAUGUAUGGAACAAGCUGCCAGAAGAGGUAGUUGAGGCAAGAACUAUCCCAACAUUUAAGAAACAGUUAGACAGGUACAUGGAUUGGACAGGUUUGGAGGGAUAUGGGCCAAAUGGGGAAAGGUGGGACGAGAGUAGCUGGGACAUGUUGGCCGAUGUGGGCAAGUUGGGCCAAAGGGCCGGUUUCCACAGUGUAUAACUCCAUGACUCUUGCUGGGAUAGACUCAAAACAUAUACGUCCGCUCAAAACUGGGUGUCCAUGAGGCAUAAUGGAUCAUCAUCAUCAGCAGCAGAAAUGUACACAAUCACAAUCUGCAAUCUCAUGGUCUGGCUUAUCCCUCUAUCAUUAUCAUCAUGCCAAACCUGGUUGAAUGAGACAUGUGGAAGGGCAUCAAACUGGGGUUUUCUAGUUGGUAGCUUUUAAACAAUUCAAAAUACUUUAGCAAUUGAGGAGAAUACAGGAUUUCUGUUGAUUCUUGCAAUGUAAUUCAGAUUAGUCCAAUAUAGUUUAGUCUUUUAAAAAUGUAUCUUUGAUGUCCAGCAAGAAUCAGGAAUUUUGAAAUUCAAAGCCAAAACAAAAUCCACUGUUCAUUUCAAACACGACUUGACAUUGUGGAUAUGGAACGGGUAAUAGAGGUCCAGAACAUGAAAGAUCAAAUUUUAUCUUUCCAUAUCUGGUACUCAAAUAUAGAUACUACUCUUAUUUGGUUCAUAUUAGUAUUUAGUUAAUAUUAAAUAUCAGUGAACACAAAAUUAUUGCACCAGAAUCUUUACUAACCAUCCAGCUUAUUCCAUCAUAUGCAAGCCAAAACUUGCCACAACACAUUUCUUGGACAGAGUUCAAUGAUAUUCUCUUUGAAGUCUUUGGAAUACAAACAUAGCAAUCUCUUUUUACAGCCCAUUGACUCUGAUGAACUACAGGUAUGCUGAAGAUACAAUAAAAGAGCGAUACAAGAUUAUAUGAAAGCUUAGCAUUGGACUGUUCAAAAUGCCUUCAUCGCAGAAAAUGGCUCCUCUAACACAACUUCCUGAUAUUCUGAAACAGUACACAAAAGACUGCAUCAGGGCUCAGCCUGCAGACAUCAUUCAGUGGUCCACAGAUUACUUUAACAACAUGUCCAAUGGGCCAUUCCGCUCACAAAAACCAAAGGAAGAAAAUUCAUCAUCUCUACCUCCAUGCAAACCAACACUUACAUCGGGUUUAUUACGGGCCUUACAUGCACAAGUGAAUGGAAGAUUAAUAAUACCAGCAAAAGAAGUUGAACAAAAAUGGAAUGAUCUCGGCCUGCCAGCAGAUACACUAAGACGCAUAAUGACCGUCGGUGCUUUUGGGGUGGAGAUUGAAUGGAUGAAAUUUUUUGCAUUGUGCUGCAGUACACUUGAUCCUAACAUUACAAAUGCCAUGAAAUAUGCAUUCGAGAUUUUAAGUUCGAGGGAAGAUGGUGGUCGAAUCCCUUACACGACAUUUAGAUUCCUCUACAGUUACCUUGCCAUGAUAGAUGGCGAAAUUCAUCGAUCACAGAUUGAAAAGAUGCUUAACAACAUUGAACGGCAGGUAGCUGAAAAUGAUGGACUUGUCAAAGUGAGUGAUUUCACCAACUGCUGACUGCACAAGUAAUAAAUCAUGCAGGAACUUCAGAAACGUGAAGGUUACUGAAUAGAUGAAAUUGAUGCCAUCUUUAGAAGCAAUGAAGUACUUGGUAAUGAAGUACUUUUUCAGUUACACUGCUUAAGUUUGCAUACAACAAUAAACCUCUUAAUCAAGUGAGGUCAUCCAUUUACUGAGGCCUGUGUCUAUGAGUCUAUACAGAGGUCAUGGUAACCUUUGUGGUUAUUGAAAAAAACUUUCAUUUUCAUAGAUCUGCAUUUUCAAAAUUAACCUAGAUCCUUAAAUGUCUAUUAUUAUUUAAUUUUGCCAUAGAGAAAUCGUGCAUUGGUGUCAAACAAAGUAGCUGAAUGAACAAGGGAAAAGAGCAGAAAUUCUCUGUCCCCCAAAAAAACUCAAAGAUCCAGUGCUCAAUCUCAGUAACGGGGGCCCAGCAUACUGUCAGCUUCGCAACCAGGUUUAGAAAGCCAUCUCAUAUUUCACCAUCAGUUCCAUUCCUUGAUAUAAUGAGCUAGCUCUUAUCAGCCAUUCUCCUUACUGCAGACUCUCUGAUCUCUCAGUGCUUCUUGAUAAAGGCUAUGAAAGAAGUGACCAAUCAUACUAGGGCCUUGAGAGGUCAGUAGACUUCAGACAUUUCAAUUUCAAUGUGUUCUCAGCAGCCGCUCUGACUCACGGGAUUUAACGUCUGGCACCUGGCUCGUUGUGGGCUCAAUUGCUAUAAUGAGUCAAUGCAUUACGACUUGCCCAACAUGUUGCGAACCAUUUUCCCUCCCUCAUGAGUUUUACAGGGCCUUGAAAGAAACAACCAGAAGUAUAAUGGCCCUAUGUGUGAGUCAGAUUGAAAUGGAGUUGUUGAUCACUUUUUUUUACAACAUAUCUGUUCCUUGAAAUAAUACUGUUUUUGUCAAUAUAAAAAUGAUCUACACAUUUAUAAUUCAUCCUCAGAGUAAAGACAAAUUCUUAACAUUCAUCCAGAAUAAUUCACUGACUUGUGCAAAUAC